AUGUUCUUCCACUUUGGGGAUGGUAGCGUAGCUUUCAUAUUUGAGCGUUGGCUGCACUUUCCGAUUGCUGGAGGUGAAGCUGUUGCUGCUGCUGGAGACAGUAUGGGCACUCGUGCGGGUGUGCAAGAUAUUCACAGUGUUGAUGAGCAUGUGCACACGGGUAAUGCUCAUGAUGCAGGUGAUGCUGAACGUGCACGUGCUACAACGACUGAUUCCCGCUUGGCCGGCUUAAAAACAAUGAUCGUCACGGGUCGACUGUGGAAACACCGACACUAG